AUGUUGCCAAUAACGAGGGAUUUUUUUUUUUUUUUGGGGGGGAGGCGAGUACAGGUCGUGCUGCAAUUAGUUCAUUGAAAACUCAGUUGCUCUCCGAGUGGUCAGGCAGAGACUCUUGCUUUUGGCUUUUCUUUCUGCUGACUGUUAACAUCUAUAGAGAGCUGCAACAAUGCCCAAAAGAAAGGCUGCAGGUCAAGGUGAUAUGAAGCCGGAGCCAAAGAGAAGAUCAGCCAGACUGUCUGCUAUGCCUGUGCCUAGUACACCAGAGAUGAAGCCCAAAAGAUCAUCAACUCCAAGGAAAAUGAAGACAAAAAAUGAUAUGAUGGAAAAAAACACAGAUGCAAGUGUCAAAGCAGUAUCUGAUACCAAGCAAGAAGAAGUUGUUAAGGAAGAAUACAACAAUGAAAAUGCUGAAAAUGGAGAAGCCAAAAUUUUAGAGGUCACAGCUUCUGAAAAAGAAAUUGAGGAAAUAAAAGAAGAAAAAAUUGAAGAUGUUGAAGAAGAGGAAGGAGACAAAAAAGAAGCAGUGUCUGCAGAAGGAAUUGAAGGUCAGAAAGUAGAUGAAGAAAAUCAAAACAAAGAAGAGAAAGGAGAAGAUGGAAAAGAAGAUACAGAUGAAAAAGGGAAAGAAGAAGAUAGAAAAGAGGACAAAGAUGGAAAUGAAAUCAGAGAAGACAGAAAAGAGCAAGAAGAUAGAAAAGAGGGUGAAAAUGGAAAAGGAGGAGAUGGAAAAGAGGAUAGAGAAGAUGGAAAAGAGGAAGAAGACAGAAAAGAGAGUGAAGAUGGAAAAGAGGACAAAAAUGGAAAAUAUAAAGGAGAAGAUGAAAAAGAGGGAGAAGACAGAGAAGAGAAUGAAGAUGGAAAAGAGGAUGAAGAUGGAGAAAAAGAAGAUGGAAAAGACAAAGGAGAGGAAAAAGAUGGAAAAGGCGAAGAAAAAGAUGAAAAGGAGGAAGAUAGAAAGGAAGAAGAAGGUGGAAAUGAUGAAGAAGCUGGAAAAGAUAAGGAAGAAGGAGAAGAGGGAAAUGAAGGAAAAGAGAAAGAUGUAAAAGAAGAAAAUGGAAAAGGAGAUGGGAAAGAUGAAGGAAAUGAAAAGGAAGAUGAAAACAAGGCUGAAGUUGGAAAAGAAAUCGAAAAAGAAGAGGUCAAAGAAGAUGGAAAAAAGAAGGAGUCUCUGAUUAUUGUUUAA